UCUUGCAUGCAGAGUGAAGAGUAUUUGUGUUGUGCACGCGUCUUGUCACUGUCUGGUGAGCGACUUUGCGCGGAGUUUUCUACAUCAAACGCUCGACGAAUGGAGAGAACGUGCUCUCAGUCAGGCAGGGCUUCCACCUCGUCUUGUGACGUCCUUGCUUGGUGGCGAAAAACUGGUCUGAUCUGGUUAGAUAGUGGAAAGAGGAGAUUUUCGCGAUACUGUCACAUGAGGAAUAUAAUAACUCGAGGUGUCAAUAGAUUGCUGCAGAAGCACAUCAAAGAGCUGACACAAGGACACAACAACAGGCGCAUUCUAGUGCCUCUCUGUGGUCGUAGCCUCGACGUAAAUUGGCUGGUGGAGUGUGGGCAUCGGGUGGUGGGCGUGGAGCUGGUGGAGGACGGAGUGUUGCAGUUGUUUGGGCAGCAUCGGUGGGAGUAUGAGGUCGAGGAGGUGCGAGGGCUGCAGGGUGGGAAACGUUACAGGAGGCCAGAUGGGAAAGUUGAAGUAUGGAAUACCAGCUUUUUCAACUUGACAAAAGAUAUGAUUGGUGUGUUUGAUGGGAUUUGGGAUAGAGGAGCACUAGCGGCGUCAAAUCCAAAGGAUAGGGAAAAAUACUUUAGAGUUAUUCUCAACUUGUUGGACGAUGCCGGUAGCUACAUGUUGGAUUCUUUUGGUUACACAUCUGAAAAGUUCCACGGUCCACCAUUUGUAUUCAGCACAGAAGACAUUGAGAAGACACUAGGUGCAACAUUCACAUACAAAAAGCUGGAAGACUUCCCAAACAAAAAAAUGCUGAAGAAGGUGCUAUCAUGGGGCAUAACCGACAUUCAAGAGUUUCUACACAUUUUGAAGAAGAGAAAAACUUGAAGACAAAUCAGAACCGUCACUGGACGAUAGACCACAUGAAAACUGAAUGAUGUUUCUAUGGUAUAAUAAUUUACAUGUACUUAAUUGUGCUAUUUAACCAAUUGCUGUAAUCUAUGUUGACCGUUCUGUCAUAUUUCUAAUUUUCUCUAAUUUUCUGAUUUGGAUUUAAUGG